GGGCGGGGGGCGCAGCGCGGCCGCUCGGGCGGCGGGAGGAGCCGCUCGGUGCCGCUCUUUCCCCCGCCGCCGCCCGGCCCGUCUGCCGAGCGUGUGUCAAACCCACGUGCUCCGGCAGCCCGCACUGGGGAGCGGCGCUCAGCGCCCGGGCCCCGCCGCACGCCUCGCCCCGCCGCCGGACCCGCACCGCGCCUCGCCCGCCCGCACAGGCACCUCUGCCGGCGGCGGCAGCUCCCGGACCCGCACCGCGGCCCCGCGGCCUGCGCCGACCCCGCGGCGGCGGCGGCGGGGAGGAGGGCGGAGGUUUUCCUGCGCGGCGCCGGCGAGCGUCAGGCGGGGGGGAGGCCCCGGCCCGGCCCUUCCCCUGCACCCCGCGCCCCGAGGAUGGCAGCGCUGCCCGCACGAGUGGCUGGCGGCGGUGUCCCUCCUCUUUUUUUUUCCGGCAGCGGCGGCGGCGGCAGCGGCGGCGGCGGAUCAUUGUUGUGUGGGAGGAGGGCGGUGGGGAUGGACUUGAUCUCUCGGGUCUCCUGCUAAGGCGGCAGCACAGCGCGCCCCGCCGCCCAGCCAGCACCCACCAGGGCCGAGCAGCGCCGGGCAGGGAGGGACCGGACACCCGCCCGCUCCCCCGGCUGCUUUAUUUUUAGGGGGCCCUGCUGCUCCUCUCCCUCGCCCUUGUUUCCCCCCCCCCCCGACCAGCUCGCACACACGCACAGGGACACGCACGCACCCUCCUCCUUUGCCCUUUCAUCCUUUCCCCCCCGCCGUCCUCCCGCGCCGUCUCCUGCCGCGGCAGAUGCGCUGGGGGUCACCGUGCAGCUGGGACUAUGGUGAAAUUUCCAGCGCUCACUAACUACUGGCCCCUCAUCCGGUUCCUCGUCCCUCUCGGCAUCACCAACAUCGCCAUCGACUUCGGGGAGCAGGCCUUGAACAGGGGCAUCGCUGCUGUUAAGGAAGAUGCUGUGGAAAUGCUGGCCAGCUAUGGGCUGGCGUACUCCCUCAUGAAGUUUUUCACGGGUCCCAUGAGUGACUUCAAAAAUGUAGGUCUGGUGUUUGUGAACAGCAAGCGAGACAGGACCAAAGCAGUUUUGUGCAUGGUUGUGGCUGGCGCUGUAGCUGCUAUAUUUCAUACCUUGAUAGCAUAUAGCGAUUUGGGGUAUUACAUUAUUAAUAAGCUGCACCAUGUGGAUGAAUCAGUGGGGAGUAAAACUCGGAGGGCCUUCCUUUAUCUUGCUGCCUUCCCUUUUAUGGAUGCAAUGGCAUGGACCCAUGCUGGGAUUCUGCUGAAACACAAGUACAGUUUCCUAGUAGGAUGUGCAUCCAUCUCAGAUGUCAUAGCUCAGGUUGUUUUUGUAGCCAUUUUGCUUCACAGUCACUUGGAGUGCAGGGAGCCUCUCUUGAUCCCAAUCUUGUCCUUAUACAUGGGAGCACUUGUCCGAUGUACCACUUUAUGCCUCGGAUACUACAGGAACAUACAUGAUGUCAUUCCUGACAGAAGCGGGCCUGAAAUGGGGGGAGAGGCUACAAUAAGGAAGAUGCUGAGUUUCUGGUGGCCUUUGGCAUUGAUUUUGGCAACUCAGCGAAUAAGUAGGCCCAUUGUCAACCUUUUCGUCUCCCGGGACCUAGGUGGUAGUUCUUCAGCCACAGAGGCGGUGGCCAUUCUGACAGCUACGUAUCCUGUGGGACACAUGCCCUAUGGCUGGCUGACAGAGAUCAGAGCUGUAUACCCUGCUUUUGACAAGAAUAACCCCAGCAAUAAAUUGGUGAACACCAACAGCACCGUCACAGCAACACAUAUCAAGAAGUUCACUUUUGUUUGCAUGGCAUUGUCCUUAACGCUCUGUUUUGUGAUGUUUUGGACGCCAAACGUGUCAGAGAAGAUUUUAGUUGACAUAAUUGGAGUAGACUUCGCUUUUGCAGAGCUGUGUGUUGUUCCCUUGCGCAUCUUCUCCUUCUUUCCAAUUCCAGUGACGGUCAGAGCGCACUUGACCGGUUGGCUGAUGACUCUGAAGAAGACAUUUGUGUUGGCACCCAGCUCAGUGCUGCGCAUUAUCGUCCUCAUCACUAGUCUCAUUGUGCUGCCUUACUUGGGAGUUCAUGGAGCCACUCUUGGAGUAGGAUCCCUUCUCGCUGGUUUUGUAGGAGAAUCCACCAUGGUUGCAAUAGCAGCCUGUUAUGUCUAUCGGAAACAGAAAAAGAAGCGGAAUGAGAAUGAAGCAGCUACAGAAGGUGAAGACUCUGCAAUGACCGACAUGCCUCACACAGAGGAAAUGACAGACAUCGUAGAAAUGAGAGAAGAGAAUGAAUAAUGAAGGGGAUGCAAUUGUUCUCUGCAGGGACGAUUGGAGUGACACUUCAGCAUCUUGUCGUCUCUCAUACUUUUUUGUUUGUUCGUUUUUAUUUUUGUAAUAAAGAGGCCUUGAUUUAAAAGGUUUCAGAUAAAUUCUCUAGCAUACUGAGUAUGCUCUCACUGAUGAGGGACCUAAAAAGAGGUCUUUGCUUUUUUUUUUUUUCCAAUUGAAUUUGUUUUCUCACUCCAUGCAAACACAAAAGAUACAAUUGCAUCACUGUAGAGUCUUCCUUACUUAUGCAUCCACCUUCUCUGGACAAUCUGCAUUUGUCAACCAAAGCCCUGCUCUCUGUGCACGUGUGUGUGUGUGUGUGCGUAUGCGUGUUCUUGCACUUUUGCACACGCACGUGCACGUGUGCCACUGGCUUAGUGCUACUGCCAUAAUCCUACUCCCUCCCCUCUUUCCUUUUCCUUCCUUUUCUUUAUGAGAAAUGUAAAGGAAAAGAAGUUUGGAAUACAGAGCUUUAUUUUACUUGCUGGAAAAUGACUUUGCUACAUAAACUAAUAUACUAUGGUGAACUAUAUCUUUUUGUUUGGCCUCAUCACUAGAGCUAAUACUGCGCAGGGUACAAGACGGGGAGGAACGUGUAAGUCUCCACAUAGACAGUGGAGAAAAACAGCUUCCUCUCUCCAGUUACAAGUGUGUGGAUGUAUAUGCACACACACAGGUACAUAAACAGAGACAUACAUAUAUAUAUACUUAUAUAUAUAUAUGCAUACAAUAAAUAAAAUACACACAGGACAAGAACUCCAUUUAGCUUUCAUUCCGUCAGAAAGAUAGUAACCUUUUGAAAAAUGUAAACAUUUAAUUCAGAAUUUUCCUGAAUCAUUAAGCCCCACCGUAUGUAUAAUUUUUUUUUUAGGGAAAAGGAAAAGAGAAACAUGCACUUUCCUCUUGUGAAGAGGGUGAUGGCAACUGAUAAACUUUGACUGUAUUUGAAUAAAAAAAUAAUAAAUAUUGACAAGCUUUACCAAA